ACAGCGUCACCAACUGUCAGAUUACUGGAAGCCUACGGGCAGUUUCGUUUCCGCGGACACUCCGCCUCUUGUGACUGAACUCUACCAGGAAACACUCGGCUCAGAAGUGCAGAAACACUCCGUCACACACUUGCUGGAAUUAAUGUUAACCUCAGAGGAGCCUCAAAGAAAGAUGUCAGCCAUCAUCACGGCCUUCCUCCUGACUCUUUCUACACUUUGCCAGCCCACAGUGGUAUUGGGAAUCCUCAGCGGACCUACAAAUGUCAACUUGACCUCCUACAACAUGAACCUGGUGCUAAGGUGGAAUCCAUCUAAAGGGGCAGCCAACAACCUGGUCUACAGAACAGAGUACAAAACUUCAGUCACAACCUACACAACAGGGUGUGUGAACAUCUCCACCCUUGAAUGUGACUUCACCCGCCUCAUCUAUCCAUCCAUCACUGAGAAUGGAAAGUAUACUGGCAGAGUGCGGGCGCAAUUGGGGUCAGAGAGUUCUGCCUGGGUGGAAAGUAACCACAUUACCUUGGACAAAGACACCAUCAUUGGUUCACCCAAUGUCUCUCUUUUGUCUAAUGGGGCCGCUAUCGAAGUCAGCAUUAUAGACCCAGUGAUGGUGAUCUCAACCCUCAGGAAUGUUUACAUUUUUGCCACUUACAAAAUCACCUACUGGAAGGACAGCCAGAAACACAAGGCCAAAAACAUUAGCAAUAUACUACAAAACCGAGUAGUUCUGAAUGACCUGGACCCAUGGACCAAGUACUGUGUUCAAGUCCAAAUCAAAACAGAGAGGAACCCCAACCCCAGUCAGCCCAGCAGAAUUUUCUGUGAAAGUACCACCAAUGAACAAGAACCUCCUUGGGUGGCAGCAAUGCUGACAUUUGUCUUCAUGGCAAUGGGAGCGGCUCUGGUUGUGAUUGUGGUGGUGUAUAGGAAAAGUAUAUCCCACUUUCUUUGUCCUACAGAUUCACUGCCGCAGCACUUCAGAGAGUAUCUGCUGGCGCCCCCCAACUCCUACAUCUACUUGGUCAUGCAGAAUUCCCACCCACCUGAGGAGAUCUAUCACAAAGUCCGAAUCAUCGAAGAUGACAGGACUGUGGAGAAAAGAGGCCCUCUGGUGGUAGAAAUGACCGCCAGCAACAAACAGUCUGAUGUCACAAUGUGUGGGAGACAAAAGGGAGAAAUUAUCAGCAGGGAUGACGUUAAAGCCACUGAGAAACAAUGAAAUAUCCUGCCCUUGCUUGACUUCAGAGUUAUAGUGCAACAAACGCUGCUACAAUGUCAUAUUUUUCCUCAACCCAGGUGUUACUGUGAAUGAUUGUAUAAGAGAGUCACAGAGCCAUAUAGGAGUGAUUGGUCAUGCAGGUGGUGUUAUUUGUGCACUAAAAUUGUAGUGGAGGUGUUGUAGUAUGCCCCAUUUCAGCUUCCCACACCGAAGUAUUUAUUAAUUAUUUAGUGGUGUUACAUGAUGCCCAACCGCCAUUCUCUGUGUUUUGUAUUUUCCAUACAUAGACUUAAAAGUGGGACUUUCUCGAAUUUCAAAUGUUGGAUGUCUCUCUGGGUCGUAAGAAUGUUGUGUUGAUUGGGGCCUAUCACCCCCGUCUGCUGACUCAAAUGCAUUGGAAAAAUUGGUUAAUCUUUUAUCUGGCUAUGAGACCUCUAUUGGGUGAUCUUAACCUCGACUGAUGGAAUUUAACUCAAGUCAUCUCUUCACCUACUAGGCAAGACACCAGAAAUCUGGAAAAAGGAGGAUCUCAUUGAUAUAAUCCUAACAAACAAACCCACACAUAUAUACAUAGUGGUGUUUUUGCCUUAGACCUGAGUGACCAUUGUCUAAUAUUUUGUAUUGGAGACUCCAGACAAAAAAGACUCCACCAGGUGUUUUUGUAAAGAGGGAUUUGAAACACUUUGUUGAGCAGGCUUUUCUAUAUGACUUGUUUAUUUGUGACAUCAACAGGUUAUGCUCCAUUCCUGAACCGAUAUUAGUCCUAAGUCGUUUUACAAAAGUUUUAAACUCCUUAGCAAAUAAGCAUGCUCCCUUUAAAACAUAUUGUGUAAAAGCAGAUCUAACCCCUGGUUUUCACCCGAAAUAUCUGAAUUGUUGAAGUAAAGGCAUUUGAGUAGAGCACAGAGCUCAAAGACCCCAACGGAUUGGCAAAAUUUCCAACAGUUAAGAAAUAAAUGUGUCAGGGCAACAAGAAAUGCCUGUACCCUUUAGUUUAUAGUUUAUAAUCUAAUAUUUGGAACACACAGAAGAUCUCUGCCCAAGGAUCUCAAUGUGUAGUACAUGACGGCUAAUAAAAUACUGAAAGAUCUGAUAUGAAGCUGGGAGAAAGGCCAUGGAGAGAGAGAAAAAUCAAACACAAAGACUGUAGAACAGGAGUAAUAUGGUCAUGUUUUUUGCUUCUGGUAAGAAGAAAAAAAACAAGAAAUGUCACAAAAGGUUGUUUGAAAAUCUGAAAUUCCUGAAAGUAAUGCGGAUUUAAUGUUCAUGUGUAUUUUGUCAUCAUUUUGUUGGGGCAGGGGAGCGGUUGGAGCAUGAAAAAUAUUCUAGCUCCAAAGUGGGGCAUGACAGAAAAAAAUUGAGAACCACUGGUUGAGAGAACUCAACAUACCACAGUCUGUGGGUUUAACACGGUACUCCGCAUAAAUGUGAAAUGAAACACCUUGCUUGUUUAUGAUGUGACCCAAGGGUAGCAUGCAUAAGGAAAAUAUAAUUGGACCCCAAAACAUCUGAAAAAAAUAUAAUUUACAGAAACACAGACCUAAUGUUUGUGAGGUAAAAUUUAUACCAAUCUAAAACCAUAACAGAUACCCCUACCUAGUGCCUCGGGCUGUCCAAUAAGAGGUAGUGGACUAUGGUGUCAAAGGUUGCACUCAGGUCCAGCAGUACAAGGACUGAGCACGUGUUGGUAACUUUGAAAUUGGCCACUAAUUCUGAAGGAGGGAGGGAUCUAGUCAAGUUUUUUUAACAGCAGAUGGGACAGAACCAUUGGACAGAGAACUUCUCACAGUCUGCAUCAUGGGGCACAAGGAGGAGGUAGAUUAACCAACUAAUCGACCGUCAUUCUAAUAAACAUCUAGGGUUGUGUUGGUGGGUAGAUAUCAGUUCAGAGAAAUAGUAUGUUCCAUAACCAUAUUGUGUUGUAAUAAAAAUUCCUUUGUGAUAAUGCAAUGAA